AUUGUACACUGGGGAUUGUGCUCGUUCUAGUGAAGCACACGUUCAAGACACUCAAGCCCGCAUAAACGCAAAACACUCCUGCCCGAAAGCGUUCCCCUUGCACCAUGCAGCACUAACUUGUCGACAACUCACGCUGGUGAAACUUCGUCUGAUCACCGAGAUGAGCGAGGGAGCACAGCUGAAAGUUGGGGUUCCAGACCCCAGGAGGCCCAGCGCGUGAAGACUGUGAGGGACGAGGGCGUCAGGCUUUUUGGUUUCCCGGGCGAUGGUGGAUGCAAAUCGAACAGUGGUUGCGGCACGCGGGCGGGGUCUGUGACCGAGCCCUUUUCACCUCCCCUUGCGCUCCAUUGGCCCUCCGUGCCUGAAUAAGUCACUGCCCCACCAAUCGCAGCCGCGGUCCUCUGCGCUCAAACCAAGCUCAGGUCUGCUGCCGUCUUUUUAUUGUACUUUUAUUUCUUUUACUUGGAGGAUCCUCCCUCUGCGUUUUUCUCCCAUGAUCCCGUGCGGCCUUACCAGGAGGGACUCGCCGUUCGCAAAGUGCUGAGGAGCCCGGUGGUGUUUUCAUCGUGAGCAACCAGGCAUCUCCCAGCAUGCACUGUAAGAGGAAGAUAUGCCUGUGUGCUCUGCUGUGCGGGAUUCUGUUCGUGAUGAUCGCCACGCAAACCAUGCACAGGACCAACUUUCUGCCCAUCGCCAUGGCAGCGCUGCUCCCCGUCGGCGUGGCGAUGCCCGCCGGGACUCCCAGCGAGGUCACAGUGGAGUUGGACGGCGUGUCCUGCGGCUGUGAGACUUGUGUGGCUGACCUGGGCCAGUCCGAGUGGUUCGACCAGCACUACGAGCCCCAGCAGCAGCCCUUCCUCACUGCCCAGAACACCAGCCUCCCCGCACUCACACUCAAGUGGUGGAUGCGUCUCCAGCGGUCGACAGGGGAGACGGUGGAGGAGGUGCUCGAGAAAAUGUUCCAGGUGAUCUCCAGCCCCUUGCCGGAUUGGCCCCCCCGGCAGGACCGGUGCAGGACGUGUGCAGUGGUGGGAAACUCAGGAAACCUGCUGGGGUCAAAGUUCGGCCCGUUGAUCAACUCCCACACCACUGUGAUCAGGAUGAACAAAGCCACUACCUUGGGGUUCGAGGAGGACGUGGGGAACAGGACCACACACCACAUCCUCUACCCAGAGAGUGCGGUGGACCUGCCUCCUGGCGUGCACCUGGUCCUGCUGCCCUUCAAACUGAGGGACAUACAGUGGGUGGUCAGCGCCCUGACCACGGGAGAGAUAAAGAGUACGUAUAUGAGAGUGAAAAAUCUUGUGAAGGCUGAUAAGGACAAGGUGAUUGUAGUGAACCCCACCUUCUUUAAAUACACCCAUGACAAGUGGACUGAGCACCAUGGGCGGUACCCUUCCACCGGGAUGCUGGCCCUCAUCUUCUCUCUGCACAUUUGUGACGAGGUGUCCGUGUUUGGCUACGGGGCAGACCAGAAAGGGAACUGGCACCACUACUGGGAGAAAAACAAACUUUCCGGCGCUUUCCGGAAAACUGGUGUGCACAGUGCCGAUUUUGAGAUGCAGGUCAUCAAGAAGCUGGCAGCCGAGGGCAAAAUCAAGCUGCACACGGUAUAAGUGCAGUGGAGCUGGACACACACCCUAAAGCCAUACCGCCACAGGGCGUUACUGAGAGGCCAAAGAGACAACGUGUACCCUGUGAAUGGCCCUGUACCACUAAAGAGCACUGUCUCACGGCAGAGUCUCACGGAACCAAAAAAGAAAAACUUAAACCCUGUCCUAUGACCAAACCAAUCACUCACGUUUUUGUUUAUACUUUCGUUUUAAAAGCCUGUGUUUUAAAAGCGUGCGACACGGGCGGUUGGGGUCGCCGCGACGGAGAGAAGACGCCCCUCCGCUCGAGCACACGCCGUCCGAGGACCUGAGCGAGCGAGCGGGGAAGAGGCUGGCUCCGUCCGUUUCUUUUCCUCCCCCGACUGUACUUUAUCCUGAACCGCCGCGCCUUAACCACAGUGACCCUUCAGGAAUUCCAAAGCCUCA